GUUGUCCUCGUCACCGACGGCUGCUUGGGCAUCGGCAGAGGCUCCCUGCGGCACUCACUGGCCACUCACAACCAGCGGAGUGACAGCAACCGAUUUCCACUGCCCUUCCCGUUCCCCUCCAAGCUGUACGUCAUGUGCAUGGCCAAUCUGGAAGAGCUUCAAAGCACAGAUUCCUUAGACUGCCUGGAGCGGCUCAUAGACCUGAACAACGGGGAAGGUCAGAUUUUCACCAUCGAUGGACCCCUUUGCCUGAAGAACGUGCAGUCGAUGUUUGGGAAGCUGAUAGACCUGGCUUACACACCAUUCCAUGCUGUUCUCAAGUGUGGCCACUUAACAUCUGACGUGCAAGUAUUUCCCAGACCAGAACCUUUCAUUAUAGAUGAGGAAAUAGACCCCAUCCCUAAAGCAAUUAAUACAGAUCUAGAGAUCGUUGGGUUUGUAGAUAUAGCUGACAUUUCUAGCCCUCCUGUCUUGUCCAGACACUUGGUGCUGCCCAUUGCACUUAACAGAGAGGGCGAUGAGGUGGGACCUGGGAUCGCAGAUGACACCGAAGAUGAGAAUUCAGCUAAUCAGAUUGCUGGGAAAAUCCCCAAUUUCUGUGUUUUAUUGCAUGGCAGCCUGAAAGUGGAAGGCAUGGUGGCUGUCGUCCAGUUGGGGCCAGAGUGGUAUGGAAUGCUCUACUCACAAGCUGACAGCAAGAAGAAAUCAAACCUCAUGAUGUCCCUCUUUGAACCCGGUCCUGAGCCCCUGCCGUGGCUGGGGAAGAUGGCACAGCUCGGACCCAUUUCAGAUGCAAAAGAAAACCCUUAUGGAGAGGAUGACAAUAAGAGCCCUUUCCCCUUGCAACCCAAAAACAAGCGCAGCUAUGCACAGAAUGUGACCGUGUGGAUUAAACCAAGUGGCCUCCAGACAGAUGUACAGAAGAUCUUGAGAAAUGCAAGGAAACUCCCUGAAAAAACUCAGACCUUCUAUAAAGAACUCAAUCGUUUACGAAAGGCAGCGCUGGCCUUUGGCUUUCUGGACCUCCUGAAAGGUGUGGCAGACAUGCUGGAGCGGGAGUGCACCCUCCUCCCCGACACGGCUCAUCCCGACGCGGCGUUUCAGCUCACCCACGCUGCCCAGCAGCUCAAAGUGGCGAGUACCGGAGCGUCGGAGUACGCUGCCUAUGAUCACAACAUUGCCCCGCUGCAGACAGACUUUUCCGGGAGCGGUGCUGAAAGAUUGUGAACUCUCUGUUUUGGGAACUGUAGAUUUUUUUUUAAGGACAAGUGGUUCCAAUUUUCUUGUCCUGUUUACUUUCUAGGGCCUGUUUAAUUACUGUUUGGAGAACUUUUUUAUCCAAACAGGUUCCCUUACCUGCAUCAGAGCUCUCCAGAUAAAUGUAGCUAGUUUGUGGUGGCUUUAGUCAGAGCUGG